AUGUCACAUUCAAGUAGCCAUGAACAUAAAAUUGACAGUAUUAGCCAUCCUGACAACAAAGAAGUCACGGACAAUCAUAAACAAAAUGAAUCUUCUAAUGGAAUGGACAUCAUCCAAUCAACUUUAAACAAGUUGACACAAGAGUUUAGAGUCCAAAUGAGCUUUAUUAAUGAACGAUUAAGUGGGGUGGAAGAGGAACUAAACAAAACUUUAACUGAACUUAAUAAAAGCAAAAGCUUAUGUAUUACCCCUAAUGAUAUCGUAGAGGAAAAAAAUAGGUCUUCAGUAUGGGCAAUGGAUCAUUGUACAAACAAUUUCAAUUCACAAUGGCCAAGUCGUCAGAUUGUGCAAUUGGACGUAUCAAAAUUGACUUGGUGUGACACUAAAACUGACUACGGUGGAUGGAUCCUAAUACAGCGUCGUGUUGUGGGCGAUGCAAACUUCACCAGAGGAUGGGACGACUACAAACAUGGGUUUGGAUCAACGGCAGGAGAUUUCUGGCUUGGAAAUGAUUGGAUCUCAUGGCUUACUAGGAUAGGUUACACUGAGUUGAGGGUUGAUUUAAUCAUUGGAAAUACAAGACAAUAUGCAGAGUACAGCAAUUUUAAAGUUGACAACGAAGCGGCCAAGUACAGGAUGAGCUUAUCAUCAUUUAGGGGAAACGCUACAGACGGUUUAAGCUACCAUAAUGGUAUGAAGUUCACCACUAUAGACAGCGAUAACGAUGAAAACAGUGGUAACUGUGCUCAGUCAUUCAACGGUGGGUGGUGGUAUAAUAAUUGUCAUUAUUCCAAUCUAAAUGGAAUAUGGAACGUUUCUGGAACUACAGGGGUUUAUUGGAUUGGAGAUGUGAAGUCUGUGGAGAUCAAACUACGUAAAAUAUAAUCAUUGAGAAA